AUGUCUCAAUCGAAGAUUACAACUUUCGCCAACGAGACAUUGGACAAGAUCUUCGCCUACCUCGCCAACAAGGAUGCCUGGCUUGCUCUAAUCAAGGUUCAUGAUGGACGCUGCUCGAUGCUCUUGAGCGCGCUCACAGCCGCCCCGCACCUCGCCGACUCAGUACAAACGUUACAAAUCGAUUGCCAGCUCGAAGGCGCGUACCCAUAUGGCAAACUAUCCCUCGAACGAGACGCGAUUCGGGAGAUCCUCGCCAAACUUGCGAAUCUACAAAAGUUGACUAUCUUUAUCUUGGACGAUGCGCGAUCAACGUUUGAGCAAAUGGACGCAUCAUCCGAGAUUGCUCAAAUGUAA